AUGCCCCGUGCGAUCGCGAAGGGGAAUGGGGGAGGGAGGGGAAUUGGAGAUGGGGGAGGAGGGGGGAAGGGGGGAGGAGAAAACAGAGAAGCCCUCAAGAAAGAUGCUGCGAAGCGCGAAGAGGAAAGGCAGAGGGAAUUGACGCAAAGGUCUGAGGGAAAGAGGAAGUGGGAAGAGAGCGGGAAAUAUGGAGAUGGCGAUGAUGGUGGACUGGUUGAAGUUCGAUUUGUAUGGGCGGUGAUGACUGUUCUGGAGGCAGUAACGUACAGGGCCGGUAUGGUCACGGGUAAUACGGUGACGGGGUCCCGAUUUACGGCGCUUCGCUCGACUCGAGAGUCGUGGUCUUUCCGGACUUGGACUUGGUUCGAGAGGAGUCCACUCGAAACGAAUCUAUGGGUGGUUUUUCUUUUCUUCGCUACGUUUGCUCCUGGUUUCUCCACGAAUCGGCGCCAUCGGGUUAUCGAUUCAUCGAGCGGCGCAUUGGUCCGCCCUGGCCGCACGGCCCAACGGGCCUCGUGGGUGACGCCCUGGGGGGUCGAUUGCUGGCUCUUCCGCUCCAUCAAAUCAUCGAAUGAGAAGUCCGGGACCGAUGAUCUGGAAGGAGAGUCUCGGGCCGAGUCCGACAGAAGAGAGGGGGAUGGAGCCGGGGAGAAUUUACAUCCAACGGGGAAAUCCGCUCUCGGGAGACCGGAGGGAAAAGAAACAAAAGAACAAAACACAAAUACACCUCGGUCACCUAUGGUUCUUCGGGCAUCCAGACAGGCCGGGUCACUGGCUUCCACCUCCCCCUCCCCGGAGACAUAUCCAGAUGCAUAUGCCGCUUGGGUGGAAGUGGAGACGGGCGAUGUGGAGUGGAGCUCAUCCGAACCGGAGGAAAUCGAACGUGUGCAACCGCACACGCGAGAUGCGAUUCGAGAUUGA